UGUCACGGGUUUGUCUUGAAAGGCCCUAAAUUUCACAAUACUCUCUAUAUACAGACAUUCUACUUUCAACCUUCAUCUCUUACAAGUCAACACGACUCCAAUAUAGUCUUUUCUACUUACGGCGUCUACCAUCAAACUUUCUCUGUACCCUUCUCUCGUCUCCCCUGCCACCGGCGGCCACGUCGGCGUCAUAUAUUCCGGCUACUUCUUAUAGCCCAAACCGGUUUCUUUGUACAUAUGCUUAAGGAGGUUCGAUCAAAUUAAACCUUACUACGUACUUAUUACAGUAGUACUAAAAAUGGCAUUGUUGGUAGAAAACUGUGAAGGAUCAAUGGUGUAUGUUGACUCGCAGAAGACAGUACCGGCUCCCUUUCUCUCCAAAACCUACCAACUCGUUGACGACCCCGGCACCGACCGUAUAGUCUCUUGGGGAGAAGACGACACCACCUUCGUCGUAUGGCGGCCGCCGGAGUUCGCCCGGGACCUCCUCCCUAACUAUUUCAAGCACAACAACUUCUCCUCCUUUGUCCGACAGCUCAAUACUUACGGUUUCAGGAAGAUAGUACCGGACAGGUGGGAGUUUGCGAACGAGUUCUUCAGAAGAGGGGAGAAGCACUUGCUGUGCGAGAUCCACCGGAGAAGGACUUGUGUGCCGCCUCAAUCCGCCGUCAAUCACCACCACCUCAACUGCCCGAUCACCGGCUCUGCUUGCUCUCCUGGUUACCCUUGCCGGCAGAGCAUUUCGUCGCCGUCGGAAUCGGAAGAACAGCAGCUUACCAUACCGCCGCCGCCGAACAGCAUCAACAACAACAAUUGGUGUAGUGACUCGCCUAUAUCGGCGGCGUUCUCCCCCGGCAAGUCGGUGAUGGCGGCGCUCUCGGAGGAUAACGAGAGGCUGAGGAGGAGCAACAAUCUGCUAUUGUCGGAGCUAGCUCAUAUGAAGAAUCUUUACAAUGACAUAAUAUAUUUUGUUCAGAACCAUGUCAAGCCUGUAACUCCGAGUAGCAACGUUGCCCCCGCUUGGUUCCCUCAAUCUCGACCGCCGCCUGUGGCGGCGUGUGAAAGCCGGGAGCCUCUUAACCAACUCAUCAGCUAUCAUCAUCAACAGCCCGUAAGCCACCACACUAAUAUACGCCAAGGUAGAAUUAAUAUGGACAAUAUCGCCGCCACUCCGGCAAUGCGACGCGGCGGCGGCGGCGGGGCAACAUCUGUUGUUGACGUGGCGGAGGAGAGUGACUUGGGAAGAACGAAGCUAUUUGGGGUCCCACUAGAGUCAAAGGUCAAAAGAGUCAACCCAGAUCAUCAUCAGCAUCCAUAUUCUGCUCAUAAUUUCAAGGCUCGACGGCAAAUGCUCUCGGGAAUUGCCGAAGACGACUUGGGGUUGAAUCUGAAACCACCUUCUUCGUGUUUCUUGGACAAUUAAUUGUACAAUAAUUAACUCUCACUUAGUCACUUAUUAAUUAAUAACUUAAUUCCUCCUGCAAAAAGCAUCGAAGUUUCCAUUUUUUGUGCAUUUCUGGUUUAAUUCAAAGAAUAGAGUCUCCCGCUAUUUUUCGAGUCUAAUCUAAUUAAUGAAGAGAGUGAGAUGUUUUGUUUGGACUUUUUUG